UGUUGUGUGCAGAGCAUUUAUCUUGUGUAUUUUGUAGACGUGGUGUUGGGACACAAAUUCCACAGUGUCUCUUCCUGUCAUACGUAACACAGUGUAUGGUGUACGAAAUAUAGCUAUCGACUUGAGAAUCAUGACAAGCGAAAACGAUUCCAAAUCUUCUGAUGGUGUUUUUCCUGACACUGACAGUGGUGUCAUUGGUUUCAUAGGCGCUGGCAAAAUGGCUACUGCGUUAGCUCUAGGCUUCAUUUCAUCAGGAUUGGUACCGGCGAAUAGGAUCAUUAUGAGCAGCCCACAGUCAGAAUCACAAGAGCUAAAGGAUGCUGGAAUAAAUUUCAAUAGAGAUAACGUACACGUUGUAAAAACAAGUAGUAUUAUAAUAAUCGCAGUAAAACCUCAUAUUGUUCCAUGUGUGGUACAAGAAAUAGCUCCUUACAUGAAGCGAGACUGUCAUUUAGUAAUGUCAGUUGCAGCUGGCAUCAAGCUGGAAUAUUAUGAAAAGGCACUGAAAGUAGGUGUAGUGAGAGUCACGCCUAACACACCAGCACUAGUGGGAGAGGGUGUAUCGGCGUUUACGCUCGGUACGCACUGCAAGAAGAGCGUGAGUGGUGUGGUGAAACAGAUGCUCAGCUGUGUUGGCUUAUGUGAGGAGGUACCAGAGAAGCUGCAAGACACUGUCACUGGCAUUUCGGGCAGUGGGCCAGCCUAUAUAUGUAUAGUGAUCGAGAGCCUUGCGGAUGGAGCAGUGAAGAUGGGAAUGCCCCGAGAAAUGGCAUUGAAGUUUGCUGCCCAAACGGUAAAGGGAGCUGCAAAAUUGCUGCUCGAGACUGGGAAACAUCCUGGCGAACUAAAGGACGAGGUGUGCUCGCCAGGAGGCACCACCAUCGCGGCCAUACACCAGCUGGAGCGGGCAGGACUACGAGCUGCACUUAUGGAUGCCGUCGAGACAUCAACACUAAAAUCGCGAGAGAUAGGCGGGCACUAUUAGGAGCGGUAAUGUUGCUAAGGUGAUUGUAGGUGUGGUUCUAAUAUAGUUAAUUAUGAUCUGUGGAGAAAAAUAGUGAAUAUGGUGUCGGCACACGAUGUAGCAAUAAACUUGCACUUGUGGUAGUCUUUAUCGUGUCACUUACGCAUCUCAAAGCGCCAGCGUUGAGAAUUGGUGCUCCAUCACUUUUGUUGUGUAAUGUUGUUGAACACAAUGAUGGAUAAAGUGCCAUCCAAAUGCAAGCUGACACCGUUUAUUUUGUGGUUAUGGUUGUAUCAAGAUAAUUUGAGGCGAAUCUCUCUUCCCCCACCCCAUAUUCAAGCAAAAUACUCAUUUAGCCUGUUAGUCAGUAAUAUCUAAUAAAUGUUCUAGUGGCAAUUCUUGUGCAAUACGUACAGACAAGUUAAACAAAAAUUCCCAACCAGAAUAAAGUUCCUUUUAUUACGCCUUUAAUUUGGUUUGCCAUAAGGUGCUAGAUCUGUUUUGUAAGACUAAGCAAGGGAAUCAUAACCAGUUAAAAAAAAUUCCAUGGUUAAUUUCAUGGUUAUGCAAGAAUAUGCACCUUUGAAAUUUUACUUGCCGUUUUGUUGCAUUUACCCUAGAUAUGUACUGUUUAAAAAAUAAAGCCAAUGAGCAGAAAACGAAAUAGGAAGGUCCUGUAAAGACAGACAUUUAUUUUUCUCUUGAAAAAUAUAAAUAAAGCUGUGAUGAAAUUAUUAAAAUUGCGAUAGCCUCCUAUGAAUUGUAAGUGACUUAUCUAUCG